AUGUCUGUGCAACCAGGACAGAAUGAGACGGUUGGUGGACUCACAAUCUUGGAUUCUCAUUUUUAUAAUACUAGAAUAGGAAUUAUCACUUCUGCUAAUGCACAAUCUAUGCCUCCAAGUGCCGGGCAAAUUCUGUUGGAUAAUGUUCAUUUCGACAAGACUCCAGUUGCAGUUCAAAGCCCAGCCGGUGAAAUUAUUUUACAGGGUAACCAACGAAUCAAUUCAUGGGGACAAGGUCAUGUUUACACGCCUUCUUCUAGAAACUAUACGUUCAUUAGGGGCCUGCUUCCUCCACCAAAUAAAUCUGCUUUAUUAAUGGAAGGAUCAAAAUUUCUGGAAUACUCAAGACCUGAGUAUUUAGAAUAUUCUGUUAACCAAUUUGUGACAGUGAAAAGUCUAGGUGCUAAAGGUGAUGGAAUGACGGACGAUACUGCGACUAUUCAAAGAAUUAUUGAUACUUACGCGGCAAACAAGAUUAUAUUCUUUGAUGCUGGUGCUUAUAUACAUACAAAUACUGUUUAUAUACCACUGAAUGCAAUAAUCGUAGGUGAAGUUGAGUCAAUUAUUAUGGCACGUGGCUCGUCUUUUGGUGAUGCACUAAAUCCAAAGCCUGUAUGGAAAGUCGCCCAACAAGGUGAAUCAGGCAAUGUGCAGAUCGUUGACAUGCUUUUCUCACAUCAAGGACCGGUACCUGGUGCAAUCAUGAUGGAGUGGAACUUAAAAUCUGCAUGCCCAGGAAAGUCAGGCCUCUGGUCUACACAUUUUCGUACGGGUGGUGCAAAAGGCACAAAUCAGACUCCAUCGAAUUGCUUGAAGUUGACUGGUGCAAGUCAAAGAACAGAAUGUCAGGGCGCAUUUCUUCAACUUCAUGUUACUUCUUCUGCGUCUUUAUACAUGGAAAAUACAUGGCUCUGGGUAGCUGAUCACAAUUUAGAUUAUCCAGAUCAUUCUCAAAUUGAUAUUUUCAAUGCUCGUACCAUAUUAGUCGAGAGUCAAGGUCCACUUUGGAUGUAUGGAACUGCGGCGGAACACUCAGUACUUUAUCAAUAUCAUUUCGUCAAUGCAAAGAAUAUUUUGCUCGGACAAGCACAAACUGAAACAGGCUAUUUUCAAAGUAACCCACCAGCUCCUGAGCCGUUCACAUCUCUUACAAAUUGGUUUGAUCCUGUCUUUGAUAUGUGUUCAAAGGAUAAAUUUAGUUGUACCAAAGGAUGGAGUCUAGACAUAAAUAACACAACAAACAUGUACAUCUAUAAUGCCGGUCUCUAUAGUUUUUUCCAAAACUGGAAUACUUCGUGUAUCGGCACAAGCGCAAAUAGUUACUGUCAAGACACUCUCUUUCGAAUCAGAGGAAAUUCUCAGAACUUAUAUCUUUGGAAUCUGGAAACUGUAGGUAUUGAAAAUAUGGUUGAAGUCGAUGGUAUUGUCAAGGUUAAAAGCAGAGAUAAUUUGGGUGUUUUUCCUGAUGGAAUACUUGGCUACUUUAUUGAUGGAUUAGACUUUAAACAAUGA